GUCCGCGCCGGGGCUUCCCCGGCCCCGCCGGCGCCCGGCGCCCCCGCCGCCCCCGCCCGCGCCGCCUUGCAGCGAGCCGCGCGGGGUUACUGGAGUUCAGGCGCGGCUGAGGCGCCGCGGGCGGCGAGGGGCUUUCCGCCGCGGCGGGGGCGCGCGCGAGCUCGGCCCGGCGGCGGGCGCCGAGCUGCCGGUCGGCGGGGCGCGGGGGCCGCGCGGCGGGACUCGGCCCCCCGAGGGGGAGCUGGCCGGGGCCGCAGCCGUGACCGAGGCGCUGCCCUCCCGCAGGCCUGGCUUCGUCUCCGGCUGCCUGAGGGACGGCGGCUGCGAAUGUCUCCUCCGCCCCUGUCCGCAGGCCGGGCGCGGGGUGAGGGGCGCAGCUGCGGCUCGGCGCCGGGAUCCGGCCGGUCCCUGCCGGGGAAGAGCCCUGAAGCCUGUGGUGACGCUUAUUCUGCUGCAAAUUCACAGAAAGGGAAGAGAAUGGCUGCAAAGGAGAAGUUGGAAGCCAUAUUAAACGUGGCCCUAAGGGUCCCAAGCAUCAUGCUGUUGGAUGUCUUGUACAGAUGGGAUGUCAGCUCAUUCUUCCAGCAGAUCCAAAGAAGUAGCCUGCACAACAACCCUCUCUUCCAGUACAAGUACUUGGCCCUUAAUAUGCAUUAUGUUGGUUACAUCUUAAGUGUUGUGCUCCUAACUUUACCAAGGCAGCACCUAGUUCAGCUUUACCUGUACUUCUUGACUGCACUGCUCCUGUAUGCUGGUCACCAAAUUUCCAGGGAUUAUGUUAGGAGUGAAUUGGAAUCGGGAUAUGAAGGGCCAAUGUACUUGGAACCUCUCUCUAUGAAUCGUUUCAUGACUGCUUUAGUAGGUCAGCUGGUGGUGUGUACACUGUGCUCCUGCGUCAUGAAAACAAAACAGAUCUGGCUUUUCUCUGCUCACAUGCUCCCUCUACUGGCACGCCUCUGCCUGGUCCCUUUGGAAACCAUUGUCAUCAUCAACAAAUUUGCUAUGAUUUUCACUGGUUUAGAAGUUCUCUACUUUCUGGCAUCUAAUCUUCUGGUGCCCUAUAAUUUGGCAAAAUCUGCAUACAGAGAGCUUGUCCAGGUGGUGGAGGUCUAUGGUCUCCUGGCUUUGGGAAUGUCUCUGUGGAACCAGCUUGUGGUCCCAGUUCUCUUCAUGGUGUUUUGGCUUGUCUUAUUUGCUCUUCAGAUCUACUCCUAUUUCAGUACACGGGACCAGCCUGCCUCAAGAGAGAGACUCCUCUUCCUUUUCUUGACAAGUAUUGCAGAAUGCUGUAGCACUCCAUACUCCCUGCUGGGCUUGGUCUUCACAGUCUCUUUUGUUGCUUUGGGAGUUCUGACUCUCUGCAAGUUUUACUUGCAGGGGUACCGAGCAUUCAUGAAUGACCCUGCUAUGAACAGGGGAAUGACUGAAGGGGUCACACUCCUGAUCCUCGCUGUGCAGACAGGUUUGAUUGAGCUCCAAGUCGUGCAUCGGGCAUUCCUGCUCAGUAUUAUUCUCUUCAUUGUGGUGGCAUCCAUACUUCAGUCCAUGCUGGAAAUUGCUGAUCCCAUUGUUUUGGCAUUGGGAGCUUCAAGAGACAAGAGUCUGUGGAAGCACUUCCGAGCAGUCAGCCUCUGUUUGUUCUUACUGGUGUUCCCCGCAUACAUGGCCUAUAUGAUUUGUCAGUUUUUCCACAUGGAUUUCUGGCUGUUGAUCAUUAUCUCCAGCAGUAUUCUGACCUCUCUUCAGGUGCUUGGGACACUCUUCAUUUAUGUUUUGUUUAUGGUGGAGGAGUUCAGAAAAGAACCAGUAGAAAAUAUGGACGAUGUGAUUUAUUAUGUAAAUGGCACUUACCGGCUGCUGGAAUUCCUUGUCGCUCUCUGUGUGGUGGCAUACGGUGUCUCGGAAACUAUCUUUGGCGAAUGGACUGUGAUGGGUUCUGUGAUCAUCUUCAUUCACUCCUAUUAUAAUGUGUGGUUGCGUGCCCAGCUGGGGUGGAAAAGUUUCCUUCUCCGCAGAGAUGCUGUGAAUAAGAUCAAAUCACUGCCCACUGCCACAAAAGAGCAGCUGGAGCAACACAAUGAUAUCUGUGCCAUCUGCUACCAGGACAUGAAAUCUGCUGUAAUCACACCAUGUAGCCAUUUUUUCCAUGCAGGUUGUCUUAAGAAAUGGCUGUAUGUGCAAGAAACCUGCCCUCUGUGCCACUGCCAACUUAAGAACCCUUCACAGUUACCAGGACUGGGGUCAGAACCAGUUCAGCAGCCAAAUCCUGGUGCAGAGCAAAAUACCAGUCCUGGAGAUGCAGCUGAGCUCCCAGGCGUUGAACAUGACAAUGGGCCAAAUAUAAAAGACAGCCCUAGCAAGAGUGACAGACAAGUUGCUGAUGGACAGGACAGCCAGGAGGCAUCUGCUGAGACUGAGGGGUCUCCGAGUAUGGACUGCGACACAAGCCCAUGUGAAGCCAGCCAGGGAGCAGCUUUUGCUGCAGAACUAAUCGCAACCCCAGAGGGGUGCUCCACUCAAGACCCGAGGGUUUGUGUCCAGCUCUGAAGUGAUAAAGGAUGACACAGGAACAAACACAUUUCAGAGAUCCAAGUUUGACUCAGAAGAAAUCCUCUCCUUCCACAGCUGUGAAGGAAGUUUAUAGCUAUUAAUGCUGGUCAAAAUGUAAUAUCCCAUGCUGAUUUUUGUGGGCUGCUUGAUAGUGGUAACUCCAGUGAGAUACAGUAUAAAUGACUCCAGAAGCUCUCUGAACUGUGGGCAUAGGAAGGAUGUCUGAAAUAAACUGAAGCGAAAGAGUGUUUUCAAGACGUAGGUAAGGGAUAAGAAGAACAGGAGGUCUGUGAGAGGUUGUAGACAGAUGGAGAGAACACUAGCUUUUGUUUGGGGCAGGAAGAGGGUGUCAAAUACAGCUAUGUCCCAGGGUACCAGAGAGGUGUUAAAUGCAGUAGCCUGCUAGUCUUUGACUGAGGUGCAGCUAUGGUUACUGAUAAAACUUUUUAUGGCAUGGAAGCGAAAGUCAAAGAUGCAAGAACAGUGAUUGUACUGGAAGAUGGAAGCACUCUUAAUACGUCAUGUGUAUGCUUUGGGUGUUCUUGGUGGGGCAAUUGCAUUUGAAUUCAUGUAAUCUAUAGUGACUCUUGACUUUUAUGAUGGAGUCGUCAAUAUUUUGAUGUAUAUGAAACUUUUGUUAAUAUAUUGGGCACAGUCUGGGCUGUUUGAAGUAAACUAAAGCUCUGAUGAACACUUUGGCCUCUGCUACCAUGUGCAGGAGGAAAGUGGGAUGAGUUUUAGGGCACAGAUAGAGGCCUUGCAGUACUGUCCUGUGUAACGUUUAAUUCUUGCAGCUGAAUUAAAACAGUAUUAAACUUUGGCGAUAUUUGCACUUUGGGAAUGAGUACAUUAUUGUGUAUGAUCAGACUCCGCAAAUGCCACUUUUAAAGCUGUUAAUAGGUUUGCACCUUUUUUCUUUGACAAGGACAUGUCCAUACUUAAAUUUUUACAUUCAUCAUGGCUUUGAGUAGAACUAGGGACUGGGGUGGGGAAAUAGGUGGGAGUAGGGGGGCAGGCAAUUUUUUUAUGUGAAUUUUGAUAUGAAGAGAAAUUAGUCACUUAUUUAUACAAUAGGCUUGACUCAAGUGUUUUUCAAAGUCGGUAUUCCUAAUGUGAAAUGUGAUACUAUUUUAUUUUUAGUAGUAAAUUUGGAUGUAGACAGACAGACAUAGCUGAAUGUCUUAAUAAAUUACAUUUGAAGAUUUUUA